GUGCAUUGACUCACACAGCAGCUGACCUGGACCAGGAGUGCACCCCGGAGGCUUCAACACGAAACUAUUUUUUUUUGUCGCUAAAAUUUUAGUUUUUGGAGCAUAUUUGCGUUCAUAUUUCAGUGAAUUUGUGUUAAAAUCAGAAACUCUAGAAUUAAGUGCAGUGUAUUGUGAAUUUACGUAAAUAAAGUGAAGAUCAGUGAAACUUUAAUUCAGUGUAUUAGUAAAUAAUUUCCUUUUGCAGCUGUUGAGAUCCUGUAAUGUCUUCCUUGGGGUUCUCCUGUGUCCAGGCGAGCAGCCACCUUACACACGGCUUGUCCUGUCAGCGCAAGGCCGGUUUUACACAAACACACACGUAUAAAAUGGUUUACCUGUGCAAUCCUCUUCGUAUAUUAAAUGGAAUUAUCGAUCCUGUCUGAAAGCUUUGGUAUAUUUUUGAUAUACGUUCCAUAUUUAUUAUGGGAAGGGCUAUCGUAUUCUUUAUUGCAGCCGUCCUGACGGGUUCUUCUGGGCGAAGAGAUCCAGAUCACCCAGCAUUUCGCUGAUCAUCCCACCCUAGGGCCGCUUGGUAUAAAGUAUCCCCCAGAGAUCGCUCGUUCGAUUUUUUGUUAUUUUGUAUUUGGGAACAUGUUUUGUACUGAUGUUUAACCUUGAAGUGUUCGACUAUCAAAUUAAGGUUGAUCAGCUUGCAAGUAGUUAUGUUAGAACCACUUGCAAUUUCCAACCUUAAGUUUUGCCUAGCUUGCAAUUGGGUUUCAUCUAUAACUGUUACCAGAUACAAGUAUUAACAUAGAUUGUUUUGUCAUUAAUGGUAUUGAACUGUUAUAUAUGUGGCAGUACAUCAUCUGGCACAUUGGUCUCACACUCUCUCUCACCCCAUGGGCUGUCAGUAUCUGUCCUGCUCGAACGACUUGUGAUGGAGUAGCGACUGUCCUGGAGUGCAACCUCUGCUGCUGGGUCCAAGUCUGGCGGUAUUUUAGCGCUUGAAUACUCGCCGCCGAGUAGUAAGUUUUGUGCAUUUGCAAAUGUUUCAAUGUUUGGGUUCGAAUCCCAAGAUUGAGUAACGUGUUCUCAGAUAAAGUAGUUUUGAUAGUUUACUGUUAAUGCUCCAUCUUUUUUUUUCAUGUUGCUGGUAUGUCUUGCCAUCAGUUUUUUUUCCCCAGACAAUUUAAACUUUUUUUCCUCUAGUACUUCAAUAUGGUUAGGAUAGGGACUAACAGUACUUUCAGUGUGACUGGUUCUGUCGUGUUUAUGAUGUGGAGCUGUUGCUAGUCGCAGUUGCUGUCAGACCAACCAAGUUUGCUAUCACUGGAAAAGGUGAGCGGUGCAUCGCCAUUGUCCCAAUUCAUUAUACAAUCACGGAAUUAAAUUUGUGACUUAGCUCCAUAGUAUUACAAGGUCAGACUUGCAUACCAAAAUGUUUAUAUUUUGUCAAAUAUGACUUGAGUUACUUAACAAGCUCGUUUUACAGUUUCAAGGAUUAAGAAUUUUGGGUGAUAUUACUAUCAGACUUUUUAGUAGUUAUCAAAUAAAUAUUACAUCACUGCUGGGGGAAAUGCAAGGGAGUGGGAAAUUUUAGUAUUUGCAGAUUGGACCAACAUUAUUAUGAAAAGCAGAUACUAUUGUGUACUACAAGGCGAGGUACAGAACAGGCACUGGUGGCACAGAGUCCUCUGCAAGUAUACACAAGGCAAGGCAGAACACAAAUCUACACACAUGGUUGGAUUUGGAGGUAACCAGAUAUUUCGUUAAAAUAAACUAGUAUGGGACUGAAACUAAAAAUGACAAGUGAAACUGGUAUGUAUUGAAUGGUUAAAUGCAAAACUUUUCCAACACGUCGAUGCUUCCUUUACACAAAAGCUUGCAAUUGCCAAUUAAACUUGUUCGAAUCAAAUUAAUUUGAAAACUUAACUGAAAGGUAAUUAUUGGCUUUGUUACUUAUUAAUAUCUAGAAAGUUAAGCUAAUGCCUGUUCUAGUAGUCUUUGAAUCUAUCCUUCUUCGUAUCAGGUUAUUCAAUAUUUUGUGACUUGGUGCAUGGCAAGUCUUGUAUGUUUUUGAGUACAAAAUGAAAAUGUGAUCUGUAAACUGUUAGGGGGAGAGAAUUGUUCUGAUUUUAACAGGUUUGUGUCCUGCUCAACUAGCCUGAACUUGUUCCCUCGCAUGCCAAAAUGUUCUGCAACUCUCGACUUUAUAACAUCCACUGGGGACCCGCUUGGAAACUGUACAUGGGUGAUAUACAGGUACUGAUAAUUGUUUGAACAAUAGAUCCAUGAUAAAUAAAAUUGUAAGUACUGUAGUUCAAAGAAACUUUAGACCCUUUGUCCAAUCUCAUAGAGAAAGGAUAGUUUUUAAUGUUUAAAGUGUAAGCUCUUUUUUUUUUUUUUUUUUUUUUUUUUGUGAUUAGUCUGUUCAUGUAGGAUAGUUUAGAUUUAGUAUAAUUUAGUGUUUUAAAUAUUGCAUAUUUGUUGGGGGGGGGGUUAGGCUACUGACCUUUCUUUACAAAAGGCAUUCCUGGAUUUUUGAGACUGGGGAAACUUAUAAAUAGCCAUGUGCCUGUUGGAGUGUUUGCACAUUGACCGUGAGUUUGGACAUCCUGAUACGUCCCCUUCAGCACAGCAUCCCCAUCCUGAGGUACCCCUGCAGGAGUGACUAGACAUGGGGGCCACCCACUUACGAUAAGUAGGAUCUAAUGUAUUUCAAAGAUUUCAGCAAAUACCAUGCAGAAUUUAAGUUAUAUAAUUGUAUGUACAAAGGGUAAUUUUGGAAGGAAAUUAUGAAAUUACAAUGUACAAUAAAUUAGUGUUUGAGCUAAAUUAUAGUACGUACAAUCAGAUACGUGAUAUGGGCCAUCUCAAGUUAUUUUUGUGCAAGAAUUACUCUCGAUUCUCAAGAAUUCUUUAUAUUUAGCUUCCAAUUCUUCAGUUUGACAAUAGGAGAGUGGACUAUUGAAUACAUACUUAGAGGUAUGGGUAGGUACGAAGCUCCUAAAUCAUUUAGAAAGGUGGAAGUGGAUAGGUUAUUGAUAUUUCUUCAGGUGGAAUUACGGUGUUGUUCGCCUUUGGUUGGUGGCUUCCCCUGCAUAUACAUCUCAUUGACUUAGAAGCUUCUUGCUCCUGUACAAUGCUUCUUCCCCCUUCGGUACAGCACCUCCAUCAUAGAGCAUUCCUGUGGAAAAUUAAGGUAACCCAGUUUGAUACUUCAUCAAUAUGAAGUAAUUUAUAUAAAUUCGUAGUCUUCAUUUUUAAUUUAAUUUUAAAUACUAUAACAGCAAAUUCUGAAAGUUAAGAAGUACAGUUCAUAUAUUCUCUGCUAUAAGUCUUACCUUUUUUUGUACCCUCCAAAGCUGUACAGCCCUUGUGGGUUUAGUGUUUAGUUUUGGUUGUAAUAAUACAGUAAUGUACCCCUCCCCCCAAAAAUGCUGAAGCUUGUACCUGAUUGAUAAUAUUUAACCAAACAAUAAAAGUUGUGGCAUACUGUUCUAAUGUUGGCAGCAAUGUCUGAAGUUUUCUUGAAAACUGUUGUAUACAGUGCUUCAGAUUGAUUUUCCAUGUAUAAAUUUAGUUUAAUUUCCACUAAUUCUUUCAUGUUUUUUUUUUUAUUUAAAAGAAUAUAUAUAAAACUGAAGAAUGAUCAUAAAUGCCAACAGUCCUAUGCAUAAAGUACAGUACAAAAGUAAAGUGAGCUGUUCUCGGUUAAAUGCUAGGCUUGCUUAGUUUACAUUUUUACGCCUUGUAAUGUAGCAUAAGUUUUGCUAAGAAUAACAACUAAAUACAGUAACUACACCGGUGGCCUGGUGGCUAAAGCUCCCGCUUCACACACGGAGGGCCCGGGUUCGAUUCCCGGCGGGUGGAAACAUUUCGACACGUUUCCUUACACUUGUUGUCCUGUUCACCUAGCAGCAAAUAGGUACCUGGGUGUUAGUCGACGGGUGUGGGUCGCAUCCUGGGGGACAAGAUUGAGGACCCCAAUGGAAAUAAGUUAGACAGUCCUUGAUGACGCACUGACUUUCUUGGGUUAUCCUGGGUGGCUAACCCUCCGGGGUUAAAAAUCCGAACGAAAUCUUAUCUUGUCUUAAUUACUCAAAUGAAGAAAAGAUUAAUUGAAAAAGCAUGAUGACAGUUUCAUUUUCAUACAAUCAACAAUGGCUUAAUAUUUCCUUCAAAUAUGAUUUUAUGUACAAAUCAAGCUUUGGGAAGUAGAUUCUGUCCAGUAUUAAUUACAAUAGGAAUGUAAGGAGGAGCCUUGCAGCAGGUCUGUUGGCCCAUGCUAGACAGGCCUUAACUUGCACGAACCUACACUCACUCGUUUACUUGUUCAACCUAUUUUUAAAACCACCUGAGGUUUUGCCUCCGUGAUGCUACUUUGGAUUUUGUUCCACUCGUCCACAACUCUAAUACCAAAUCGCAGCUUUCCUAUUUCCUUUUAAGCCUAAUUUUUUUUCCAACUUUAUUAAAACAUUGCUGUGAAUUCUGUCUUAGAUAUUUUUCAGCACAUUAAGUUCCUGCCAUCUGUUAAUUUCAACUGUAUCCCCACUAAUAAUAUGCCUAUCCAGAAUGCAGAUUCAGUAUUUGGAGAUUACACCUAUAGCUCUCCAUUGAUUAAAAAAAUUAGACAAAUUUCAAUUUUAAUUUAAAGAGAAUUUAGCAGAAAAUCAACUCUUUACUAACUUUUUUUUUUUUUUUUUUUUGACGGUACACCUUGAUUGAAGUCACUGAGAAUUUGAUACUGUACAUGCAGCAUUGCACUACUACAUUAGUAAACAGUUUGUCCAAAUUUUUUGUUUGCUGUUAGGGUAGAAGUUGACAUGUAACAGUUUUCAUCCCAUUUAAUAAUGAUUCCAUUUUGCUCUUCACACCAAAAACUAGAGGUUUAUCAGAAUUGUUGGGCUAGCGAGCCAUUAGGUGACAUACAAACUGUCAUUAUUUAGUAGCCAGCAAGUACCAUAAAGUAAAAAAAAAUUCAAAGUAAUGAAAGGAAAUGUUUAUUACAGUAGUUUGCUUAGCAGACGUGUUCAUUCAGAUUUGGAAUAAGUAAUCCAUGUAUGUAUUUGUGGAGAUAAUGCUAAUGCUAUUUUUGGAUGCUAGGUUGUUGCUAAAUCUUAGUUUCUUUCAGUUGUGCAGUUAUUACUAGACAAAUUAGCUCGUGGAUAUGGCCUUGUUAACAAUGUUGAUUAUUCUAGUACUAUGUUGCAUCUUAGUUUACAGUAUUUUUAGUAAUGAAUGCUGGCUACAAUAACCCCUACAGAAUGGGACUAAAUUAGAUUUCAAAAUUUGAUGUUAUAAAACGACAGGUGCUUUAUCUGUUAUUAAAUCGUACUGUAAUCUGUAUCUCUUUGGUUAAUUUGUUCUAAUGUUUGAAUGCCAUGUUAAUUAAUCAUUACUGUGUAAACACAACAUAAGGAGACUGAACCAACAUUUGUACUAUGGUGCAUUUGCUAAAAAAAAAUAUUCAUUCUAAAAUUUAAGCUUAAGAAUUAUGAAGCCAAAAUUGAACUGAUUGAAAAUUUUUGUCCAUAAACAAGUAAAGAUAUCAAUACUUUUAAAUUUUUCUGUGAUUAGCAUCACCUUAUUAUCUAUGAAGACUCGUACAGACAGUAAGAUGUUGGUACUGAGUCCACCCCAUUUCUUAUGGGAAAGAGCAUGUUAUAUUGUACAGUAUAUGAACUGACAUUUCAAAAAGCAGGGGUGGGGGGGUCUUUCAAUGAAACAAAUUGUUUAUUCAUUAGGUCUUCGCUUUGCAUGGUGUGUGUGCCUUGUAAUGCAGAAGUUCAUCUGAAGAAUCCUUUUCACAGCUUGUGCAACAAUAUUUUAGUGGCCCCUGUAUGUAUGCAGAAUAGGCUUCAUCCCAAAUGUACUGUCGAGACUCGCCCACAGGUAACGAUAGAGUAUCUUUGACUGAUACAUUAAAAUAUCCUGAAAUAUUAAUUUAACAUUCUGUAUGAAUUAAGAAACAAAGGGGGGUUGGGCAGUCAGACAUGAUCAUGAAUUAUUUAACAGUUCAUAUGAAAGUACAUUACAGUACUGCAUAAGUUUGUUGCUGUUGCACAAGGAAAAAAUCACUCCCUAAAAUAUGGCAACCACUCAAGUGUAUUGAUCCUUGUUUUGAUUGUCCUAUGCAAGUCUUUUUAAAUAACCUUUCAUUUCAAAAAUAUAAAUGCACAAAGUAACGUAUUUGCUGUUACAUGAUAUAAACGUUGUGCCGGGUAUUGUGUAAAUUAUUCCAGAAAUGUUGCCAUAUGGUUUAGGAUACAGUAUAUUUUUAACUGUGAUAGUUUGAAACUUAUUAUGUAUGUACUAUACCAAGUGGCUAUUUGUUUUCUCUUCAGAUGAAUCUGUUAAUUAUUUCUGGCAGGUCAGUCUCUACCUUCCUUAUCUUCAUUAUUUUCUCUGAAGUUUAAGGGAUUGAGGGUGGGUGAACUUAUCUUACAUAUUUCCAGCCCCGAAAUUUUUCAAAUCUGUUGCUGUUGUAAAGUCCAGUCUCUUGGCAUCUUGAGAGCAACAUAUGAACUACCAGGUAAAAGGUAUGAAGACUGCCUUGUCUUAAGAAAUAUUGUGAUAUUUGCUGUAAUAUCAAAAAUGUGGAGAAAUUAUCUGCAGUUAUUGAGGGUUAAAUUUACUAAUGCCUUUGCAUUUCAAAUUACUGGGAGAAAUAAGAGGGAGUGGGGAAUCGUGUAUUACAGUAUUUGCAGAUUGGAGCAGCAUUGCAAAGGAAAUUCAGUUAAAAUUUUGAAGAAGUUGAAGAUGAUGAAAUAUUAUACAGACUGUUUGGCAUAAGGCUACCCAGAUGCUAUACACACAAGACGACAGUGAUAUUUGAAGGUAACUGAAAAAAAAAAAUCCCAAUUUCUAAAACAAAUAUAGUACAGUAUAUUGGCAUCGGGCUAACUUACAAACUAUUUGGAAAAAUUAUGUAUUUAUAGAAUAGGUAACACAUUAACUAAACAUUAGUAUUUGUAUACCACUGCAUUUACUUAAUGAAAUUUUUUUUAAAUUAACGGUUUCCUGAGUUGCAUAAAAGCUAGAAUUGAAAGGCUAUUGGAUUAUAUUACUAGACAUUCAACUUAGUGUUCAUCCAAGGUGAAGAUUUGAUUUGCAUGGGGGGGGGGGGAGGGGGAGGUAACUGAUAGUAUUUUUCUGUAAAGGCUUGCCCAGGUGGUUUGAGACUGAAAUCUAUUAUUCGCCUCUGCUGUCUUGGCUUCUCCCUGUUGGCACCUGCAUACACAUGGCUAAUAAUUUCGACGAUCUGUCCAGUACUACUUGCUCUUCAGCACAUCAACAUCCUAAGGCAUGUGUACAGAAAAUUGGAGGUAACCCAUUUAUAGAUUGGUCUUUGAUCUAAAGUUUAAAGGAGCUAUUUCUAAAAAGUAAUGUCGUAUAUGUAGAUAACCUUUUUAUAUUUUUUGAGUGAUUAAUGUUGAUCAUGCAGACAAGGGGGUAUUUAUUUGUUUUCGGAUUAGUACAUCAUUGUAUGCAUCCCAGAUUCAUUGAGUAAUUGGUUCAAUAUUGCUGAACUUCACUCAUAAGUAGUUUCUUGACUGAAUGGCUUGCAUUGCAAAAAUUAUCAUCCCAAUUUGAAAACUGGAUUGCAUUCUUCCACUCUUCUCACCAGCAUGAGAGGAAAUUUAUAAUUUUUUUUUUCUUCUCCAUAUGUCUCCAGCUCUUGUUCUUAAGUCUGUUUGUAAAUUUCUUUAUUUUUUCACCAUUCUGUAUUUUAUACAAAUACAUACGGAUGCUGAAAGAAAGGAAAGAUGUAAUGAUCUAAGUGAGAUAAUGCAAGUCCUGUAUAUAGCUGUGGUCCAUAAUUAGGGUGUCAGCAAUUUGCUUUUUUUUUUUUCAGUAGGGAGGCUAUUCUCCUCGUCUCUCAAUUGGUAUUUCCCAAUAUACUCUCUGAAAUUAACUUUACUUAGUUCCUCUUUACCAUUCUGAAAGGAAGGUAACAAGGCUAGAUAAGUACGCUAUUAAUUUUCAAGCAAAUUUCUAAUGUCCCAUAAGCCACUUUUUGCAUGUUGAACAUCUGAGCAUUAGCAAAAUCUUAGCUUGUGUUGUGCCAAAGUAAUCUUAAAUAUGUUAUAUUGCAGUAAAUAUGUUUGAAGGUUAUAUUUUAAUAUUUAUUAUUUCGUGCACAUAAGUUAUUCUUAUUGUAGCUGUGGAGAGAAGCUAUUCUCAGAUGUUACUCAAGUUUGCUUGUCUUCAGAAUUUAAUUGCCACGUGUAAUUUUAUGGAAAUCAGCUGAACUAAUUUUCUAACAUUCAUGAUAUUAAAUAAAAGGAAAUUUUCACAUGAUAAAAUUAAAUAAAAACUUUUAAAUGUAACUUUAGACCUUGAAGAUAAUGAUUAACUUCAUAUGGAAUAGUAAGUGAUUACACUUUUUUAAUUCAUCCCAUUCUAUAUGGGAAAGAAAUCUGGUAUCUGAUGGGGCAUUAUUCAUGAGGUAAAUUUAAUGUGGAUUGAGUGUAUUGUGAUACAGGUUCCACAAAUUGAAUUUUGUUCUAAUCUUUGUAAAGUUUUGUAGAAGUCUCAUAAUCAAAUUCACUAGUGUAAUUUAUAAAAAGCAUUAAUGUGCCUUGAAAGCUCCAGUUAUAUGCAGAUUUCUUAGUAUGAAUACAAUACUGACAAUUAAGAUGUUGCAGUUUUAAAUAAAUUUGAAAUAUGGGAGUGUAGGGGGAUUGCACUCUUUAUGGGUGAUUAAAAGUAUAUAAAGUUAUCAGUACCUCUUCCAUCAUUAUCCCAUGUGGCAUACUGAUUUUUUAACUGCAAGGUCUUGAAUUGUGGUCAAAGACCUGCUUAUAUCUCUGCUGACAAUUUCCCCUCCAUUAUUUUUGAGGAUUCUCUCUUGACAGGAAAGGUAUUUGUCAUUUUUUUAUUGUCCAUGCUAUAUUUCUUUUGCAUAUAUGCAAAGGGAAGUACUGUAUGUGAAGAGAAAUGCCACAAGGUUACAUCCUGCAGAUGUUUUGCUUGUCCUGGAAUGUUUUUUGAAGUAAAGGAUUUUUUUCUUGAGUGGUAUUAAUCUUCACAUGUUUGUCAGGAACCUUUGCUAUAUGCAGAAGUUGGUGUAUUGAUUUUGUUGAUAUAUAUUUGGUCGCUCUUCGGAUUGCAAAUAUAGUAUAAAUGUAGUCAUUCUUUAUUAUGGUAUAUACUAUCAAACUAUGGCCCUAACAUUGUAUAAAGAUCUGGGAAGGGGGGUGGGAAGCAGUCACCAAGUUUUGUAUUUUAAGAUUCAUUGCAAAAGUUGCAGAGGAUGGAAUGGAGCAGGUAUUUUCCCCAAGAUGCAGAAUAGCAGUGCAGUGAGUGGUCACUUAAAUAUUUGUCUUUUGUUAUUUCACAGUAAUGUUAAGGCAUGGUAGCAAAGUUAUUAAAUUUUGAAGACAAGCUAGAGAUACGUAAUGAAUAUUAAAACAUUCUGCAGCUCGAGAUUUACUGUGGUUUUGACAGCAUUGCUUUAGUAAUAGCUACUUUGGUAUUUGAUAACCAUACCAUAUUGUAAGCUUGACAGUAGGAGAGGAAUUUAGUUGGUUAAUUUUCUUAGGAUUAUUGUCUCAAGCACUGGAUGUGUCUGUGACCUGCUUCAGCAUACAUGCAAAUUCUACUAUGAUUGUUCCAAAAUAACCCUUGACUGUAUUGGGAGGAAUGCAGACUUCUGUGGUAGGAAUGACUAAUUUAUUCAACAUAUAAAGUGAUUAACACAAACCAGCCAGAGUAAAAUAUGUAGGUGGGAGAAGGGAAGUUCAUGCUCUUCAAGCACAGGCUAUCAGCUGCAUAUUUUUCUGCUGUGUUCAUCACUAAAGUUUGACAUUGAGUCCUUCAUAUGUUGCUAUUAGACUUUGUUAGUAAGCUGUUUCAGUGAAGUACUUUGUCUUUGGCUUGUGUAUAAUGUAUAUAUUUAAAUUGAUAGUACAAGGAAGAGUGAUAAAAAAUUUUAUUUGCUUACUUAAACCAGUUUAGUGCCAGAAUUAAAAAGAACACUUGACAAACCAAAGAGUUUGCCUGAUUGGAAUUUCUGGUUCAGCAUAUCAAGCAGUCAUUUCUUUCAGAAAGUACUUGUCCUGGUGCUAUGCUAGACCAAAGUCUGAAUCAAGGCAAGGCCUUCUUGUCAAGCAUUUACCCUUGAAUAUAUAAUUGCUUUCACUGAACUGCAUGGAACAUUUUGUCAUGCAAUUACUUCAGUACUUUGCCUACACUGGACUGCAUGUCACAUGUUAUUAGUUUUGGAUUUCAUUCCAGGGUUUUGAGCUAAGGGCAUUCAUAAUUGUUGGUAUCAUAUUAAUGGUAUACAAUACUGAUUGGUAGAUAAAUAAGAUAUGCAGGACUAUCUUUAUUGCAGUAAAGAUACCAAGGUGCUGUACAUGUUUUAUUUAUCACCAUUAGUGGUAUUCCACUUAUCCCUGUGCAAACUUGUAACAAUAUUAGACUUUUUAAAUUACACUAUACAGUUGUAAAGAAACAAUUUUUACAGGCUUAGCCUUGGGAAACUGAAUGGGAUGAGGGGGGGGGGUAGACUUAUUUUCUUAUGCUAUACAUAGCAGCAUGGUCUCAUCUGGUGGCAACUGAUGCUUGCAGCUGACAUGUUGGCUCUACUAGGUUUGUCAUCAACAUCAUGCAUACAGGUUUGCUAUGUGCUUGGUUUUCGCAAGGAAAUACGAAUAUUGGACUUUUCAUCCAAACGAAUAUUGGACUUUUCAUCCAAACAAUAACUUUUAUGCUUUUUAAACAUGAAUUUUUUAACUAAAGCCAUAAGCAUUCUAGUUUGGAGUAGGUAUGGAAAUUCGUUAAAAUACCUUGUUGAAUUUUAAAAUUAAACUAAGCUAUAAACAUGAGUAGGUAUAGGUAGGCAAGAGCUAAGAUUUCUGUUAAAGGACUGGCGGCCAGUGUUUCAACGUAGGGGUUGAGAAAUGCGGAUCCACAGCGUGUUCGUGUUCUGACUCGGCUUCUUGGAAGGCAGCUACAUGUGCAGUCCAAAGAAUAUCUGUAAAAUCGUUACAGACCAGACAUCGUUGACCAGGAGUUACACUGCACACGAACAUACUUCACCGAAUCCCUGAGCAAGAGAUAAUCAUUAGCAAAGUUGAACAUGACCACCACGUAUCAUGGCAAAUGUAAAUGUGAAGAUUAGUGCUUUUGGGAUUUUGGGUGUUGUAGUCUUAUCAAUACUCAUUUUAAACAUGGCUAAGUGCUAUACAUGUAGAUUUAUGAAAAGUGACUUACUUUUUCUGGCUGAACUAAUUGUCACCUCUGCUGUAAUUAAAUAAGUUAAUUCCUUUAAAAAAAUUGCAAUACUGUAAACACAUGAAUAUAUUAUUGUAAAUUUGUUUUAUUCUAGCAUUCAGUGGGCCAAUGAAAAUUUACAGUGUGGGAAGAAAUUUAAUUACAGUAUACAGCUUAGGUGAGCUCACUACAGAACAGCUGCUGGGAUAACCUGUUUGGUUAAUUUGACUGUAAUUGCAAUAUGUAUGUUGUAAAUUUAAAACAAUUUCAAGAUGGCCCAGCUCAGCUUAUGUUGAGUGAAUCCCUAGGGUUCGAUGAAAAUGUGUGCAAAAAUGCUAGUUUAUCUUGCAUUUUAAUUAAUCAUACUAUAGACUAUCACACAAGGUACUGUAUGUUACACUAACAAUUGUCUUAAUUUAUACAUAAUAUUGACGGUGACAGGCAAAUCCUGGUUCUGUCACUACUAAAUUUGUAGUGAAGUCACUUGCUCUGAGCUCACCUGUAAACUGUCGUUUUUGUAACUUAAUUUCCUCCUUAUACAUAUGUAAUGACUUCAUCUUGCAGAGUACUGGAAUAAGGAACAAGAUACAGGAAUUAAUCUUCAUUUUCUUGUUUCUUCGUGAGUUUAUAAUACUACAGUAUUAUUCAUGUGAAUAAGUUGUGAAAUUUUUUAUAUACAUAACUGUACAUAAAUAAUCUCUCUUAUCUAAUUGCCAUUGUGUUGGAACGGUGUUGCCAUUUGUUUAUUGCUGGAAUAUGUUAAAAUGUGAAUGUUGCAUUGCUGUUUAUUCUGAUAUGAAUAUAAAUGGGAGGAUUCUUUUUAUCAUUGUUCUUCGUUCAGUAAAUGCCUGCCUAAACGGUUUGAUAAAUGCUGUUAAAUUUUAUGUUCUUUAAUAUUGGUAUAGUUUUGAGCUAAAGAUCUUGUGUUCAUCCUUAUUGUUUAAAGGCUAACAGUAGAAAGUAUUACCUUGUGUUUAUAAAUUUGGGUUGGACAGAUUAAUAGUUUUGACUGCAGUGUUAGUUAAUUUCUCAUUUGUGCUUCGGUCUGACAGUUUUACCUGGACUUGUUUGAAGUGUUUCUAGCUUUAUAAAUGUUGAAUGUUGCACUUGCUGCAAAGUCAAUUUUUCAGUAAUCCUCUUUAAUUUUAAACACUUAUCACUUUCACCAUGGUGGUCAAUUUGUUGAAAGAUUGAUUAUUCCUGCUGCAGUUGCGAAGCUUGUACAUGUAGGAUAUAUUUUCUUCAGAUACAUUCACUGUGAGGCUGAACUAAUGUAAUGUUCUUAAUCUUUUUUAAUGCAACUAAAUUAGCAAAAGCUUUUUCACUUUGUCAUCUGUUUAAAGGAUUUUUUUUAUUACCUAAAAGGUCACUAAACAUUGCCCUUGCAUUUCAAAAAUUUUUUUUUGCAAAAUUUUGCGCUGUCUUGUGUAUGCAGUAAAUUCAAAGUAAACGUGAGAAAUUUGUUUUUCAGUUGUAUUUAGGAUAGUGCAUUUUGUAAACUUGGAGGAACUGGAACCUUGCAUUAAUGGAUGUGUAUUCUAUUAAUUCAAGUGUUGGUCACGCUCUUGUAAACCCAAGAGGAUUACAGGAGAGUGGGAAAGUGGGUGGGACUUUUCCUCCAAGUAAUAAACAUUGUCAUUUACCAGUCAUCAAAAGAAAAAAAAAAAACGACACUGAAGAUGGAGGAUCACAAGCUAGCUACUAAAGUUAAAGGAAUGUGUAACCUGCUUACUGCGACUAUACUUCUUGAUGUUCAAGUACAAUGUAAUUUACAAUCGACUAGGGCAGAUGGAGUGGCAUACAGAAUUUUGUGGUUGCAACAGAAUGGGUUGUGAAUUGGAUCUCUGAUUUUGUAAGAUGAUAUCGCAUCAUCUAAGGAUCCAUAUUUCAAUAUGAGCAGGUUUGCCAGCUUAGGUCGAUAGCUUGAAUACCAGUACAGAGAGAAGCUGGGUGAAGAUUGCAUCGGUAUUCUCGGAAGGAUAAUUAGGAUAUUCGUAAUUGUGCUGGUGACCUAGUUAUGGUUGGAUACUGCCAGUGCAGACGUUAUCUUGGUUCCCAAAAAUUCGUUGGAUUCUGCACUAUGACUGACAGAUUGCUUCAGUGUUGUGUUGGGGUCUACAUGUUGCAAACCAUGGAUGCAGAAGGCUGAAGAUGAUCUUCAGACAAAAGAUUUAAGGUUAACAUGAAUGGAGAUGGACAAGUGUGCUGGGGUCUACAGGUGCAGAUGGACAGAACACUUCGGCCUACAGGUGCAGUUGGAUGAUGUGCUGGGGUCUACAGGUACAGAUGGACAGAACACUUUGGCCCACAGGUCAGGUUGAUGGAUGUGCUAAAGCCCGGGAUUGCAGUUGUCGAUGUGCUGCUUCCACAUGUGAUGUGCUGAGGCCUAUGGAUGUGUUUGGGCCCACAGGUAUGAUGGAUGUGCUUGGGGUCAAAGGUAUGAUGGACGUAGUGUUGGGGCCUACAGGUAUGAUGAACGAUGUGCUGGGGCCCACAGCUGUGAUGAAUGAUGUUGGGGGCUCACAGGUAUGAUGGAUGAUGUACUAGGGUCCACAGGUACCCUAGUACAUGCAGGGGUCACAGGUGCACAUGGAAUGGUGUGCUGAGGCCAUGGGUGCAGAUGGAAUGGUGUGCUGGGGCCAUGGGUGCAGUUGGAUGAUGUGCUGGGACCAUGGGUGCAGAUGAAUGAUGUGCUGGGGCCAUGGGUGCAGAUGAACGAUGUGCUGGGGCUAUGGGUGCAGAUGAACGAUGUGCUGGGGGGCCAUCGAUGCAGAUGGAAUGGUGUGCUGGGGCCACAGGUGCAGAUGGACGACGUGCUGCAGCCACAGAUGCAGAUGGAACAGUGUGGGGCCACGGGUGCAGAUGGAACGGUGUUGGGGCCAUGGGUACAGAUGGAUGAUGUGCUGGGGCCACGUGUGCAGAUCGACGAUGUGCUGGGGCCACGGUUGCAGAUGGACGAUGUGCUGGGGCCAUGGGUGCAGAUGGACGAUGUACUGGGGCCACAGGUGCAGGUGGAAUGGUGUGCUGGGGUCACAGGUGCAGAUGAAAUGGCGUGCUGGGGCCACGGGUGCAGAUGGACGAUGUGCUGGGGCCACGGUUGCAGAUGGACGAUGUGCUGGGGCCACGGUUGCAGAUGGACGAUGUGCUGGGGCCAUGGGUGCAGAUGGACGAUGUACUGGGGCCACAGGUGCAGAUGGAAUGGUGUGCUGGGGUCACAGGUGCAGAUGAAAUGGUGUGCUGGGGCCAUGGGUGCAGAUGGAACGGUGUGCUGGGGCCACGUGUGCAAAUGGAACGGUGUUGGGGCCACGGUUGCAAAUGGAACGGUGUGCUGGGGCCACGGGUGCAAAUGGAACGGUGUGCUGGGGCCACAGUUACAGAUGGACGAUGUGCUGGGGCCAUGGGUGCAGAUGAACGAUGUGCUGGGGCCAUGGGUGCAGAUGGAAUGGUGUGCUGGGGCCACGGGUUCAGAUGGAAUGGUGUGCUGGGGCCACGGGUGCAGAUGGACGAUGUGCUGGGGCCAUGGGUGCAGAUGGACGAUGUACUGGGGCCACAGGUGCAGGUGGAAUGGUGUGCUGGGGUCACAGGUGCAGAUGAAAUGGCGUGCUGGGGCCACGGGUGCAGAUGGACGAUGUGCUGGGGCCACGGUUGCAGAUGGACGAUGUGCUGGGGCCACGAUUGCAGAUGGACGAUGUGCUGGGGCCAUGGGUGCAGAUGGACGAUGUACUGGGGCCACGGGUUCAGAUGGAAUGGUGUGCUGGGGCCACGGGUGCAGAUGGACGAUGUGCUGGGGCCACAGGUGCAGAUGGACGAUGUGCUGGGGCCACAGGUGCAGAUGGACGAUGUGCUGGAGCCACGGCUGCAGGUGGACGAUGUGCUGGUGUCACGGGUGCAGAUGGACAAUGUGUUGGAGCCACGGGUGCAGAUGGAAUGGUGUGCUGGGGCCACAGGUGCAGAAGGACGAUGUGCUGGGGCCACAGGUGCACAUGGACAAUGUGCUGGGACCACGGGUGCAGAUGGACGAUGUGCUGGGGCCACGGGUGCAGAUGGAACUGUGUGCUGAGAGGCCACGGGUGCAGAUGGAACUGUGCUGAGAGGCCACGGGUGCAGAUGGAACUGUGUGCUGAGAGGCCACGGGUGCAGAUGGAACAGUGUGCUGGGGCGACCAAUGCAGAUGGAUGAUGUGCUGGGGCCACGGGUGCAGACAGACGAUGUGCUGGGGCCCACAGGUGCAGACGGGCCGUGUGCUGGAGCCACAGGUGCAGACAGAUGGUGUGCUGGGGUCACAGAUGCAGACACGGUGUGCUGGGGCCCACAGAUGCAGACGGACCGUGUGCUAGAGCCACAGGUGCAGACAGAUGGUGUGCUGGGGCCACGGAUGCCGACAGACGUGUGCUGGGGCCCACAGGUGCAGACUGAUCGUGUGCUGGGGUCACAGAUGCAGACACGGUGUGCUGGGGCCCACAGAUGCAGACGGACCGUGUGCUAGAGCCACAGGUGCAGACAGACCUUCUGCUGGAACCACGGAUGCAGGCAGAUGGUGUGCUGGGGCCUACAGAUGCAGACGGACGGUGUGCUGGGGCCCACAGGUGCAGAUGGACGGUGUGCUGGGGCCCACAGGUGCAGACGGAUCAUAUGCUGGGGCCCACAGGUGCAGACGUAUUGUGUGCUGGGGCCCACUGGUGCAGAUGGACAAUUGUCUGGGGGUUCGCUGGUGCAGAUGGACGAUGUGCUGGGGUUCACUGGUACAGAUGGAUUUCAUGAGGACCCAGUUUGGAUGGACUAGGUUGAGUAUCACUGUACAACAAUGAAAGCUGCACAAGAACCUACUUAGUAUUAUAAAUGAUUAUUGGGGUAGUGUUACUCUGGCUUAGCAAGUCUUUCAUUAAGAAAUGCAGCAUUUCUUGUCUGACAAGUAUGUAUGAAUAAAUUGUAAUUUUGUAAAUUAAGCAGCGAAGUUAUAGGCACCAGAGUAACACGUCUAAAAUUAAUCUGUAAAUGUAAGGCACCCCAUCUUCCUAGAUCACAGGUUGCUUGGGGAACUACACCAGCAGAGUUUGAUGCAAUGAAGUUAUACCAUGUAUGUGGUUACAUGGGGGUGUCAAUGGGCUACAUCACAAAAUGAAGGGAUGAGAGUAGGCACUGAAUUAUAGGUGCAGCAUUUGAAGAUCAAGAACAGUUACACCAGGUGAAGGCCUCGAAUUUAUGAAGUUAAAAGACAUUGAAGAUUAUGGCGGCACUGUGACAGGAAGCUAGAUGAUGCUCUUUCAUCCUUUGCAAGAAAGAUUGACAUGGUUGCUAUGGAGAUACAGCUGAAGACUCCUGGUGAUCAUUUCAGUACAAGAGGAAGGGGUGUCUCCAGCCCAAGGAAAGUAUGGUUUUAGUAGAUGGUGUAAUAGCUUCAGCACGAAAAUCCCUUCAGUACGAGGAAGGACUUUGCUGCUCCUGCACGAGAGGAAGGGUGUGGUUGCUCUGGCGGCACAAGAGGGGCGUGGUGGCUUGUCGAACAAGAGGAAGGGCAUGGUGGCUCCGGUGGUACAAGAGGAAGGGCAUGGUGGCUCUGGCGGCGCGAGGAAGGGUGAGGUGGCACAAGGGCGUGGUAGCUUCAGCUGCACAGGAAGGGCGUGGUAGCUUCAGCUGCACUGGACCCCUCAAGGAAGGUUCCUUGAUGUUGGUGAGGGGCUCUUGAUUUAGAGAAUUGGAUCUGUGCUCCAGUUCCCCGAAUUAAGCCUGAAUGCCUUCCACAUCCCCCCCCCCAGGCGCUGUAUAAUCCUCCGGGUUUAGCGCUUCCCCCUUGAUUAUAAUAAUAAUAAUAAUCAGCUGCACUGGAAGGGCGUGGUAGCUUCAGCCGCACUGGAAGGGCGUGGGGUGGCGCCAGCAGCACAAGAGGGGCAUGGUGGCUUGCCGCACAAGAGGAAGGGCAUGGUGGCACAAGAAGUGUGAGGUGGCUUCGGCAGCACAAAAGGAAGGGCACAGUGGCUCUGGCGGCACAAGAGGAAGGGCGUGGUGGCUUCAGCGGCACAAGAAGGGCGUGGUAGCUUCAGCGGCACAGGAGGAAUGGUGGGUUGCUUCGGCGGCACAAGAGGGGCAUGGUGGAUUCGGUGGCGCAAGAGGUAGAGUGGUUUAAAGGAGGGGAUCUUUUUGAUUAUAAUAGAGGGAAGGGUGUGGCAGGUAAGUGCGUAUUGAGGUAUUCAGGGCUAAAUAAUUUCAGUAAAGUGAGCCACGAAAAAUGGGCGUGGUUUUGUUCAUUGGUAUCGGAGGAUGGCCAUGGUUCGGUUCUGAUUGCAAGUUGUUAGGCUGUAUGAAAUCUCAUUCUGUGCUGUAUUAGUUUCCAGAUGUUCAGCGUGUGCCAUCGUAGCACUAGGAAUAAAUAAUUCAGACAAAUUCCCCUUUAUUUAAAAGAAUAUUAGAUGGGAGUGAUCGCCAACAGCUGUCACACGAGUAGGUCGGUUGAGCAUCUUUAAUCUUUACAGGAACAUGGGAGGGCAUGGUUACUUGUGGCACCAUGCUGUAUGGCUGAUGUAUCAUUCCACUGUUUUAAAAAGCAUUUUUGUCCUCUACGGAGGUGAUCAUUUCAGUACAAGAGUAAGGGGUGUCUCUUCAGCCCAAGGAGAGUAUGGUUUUAGUAGAUGGUGUAAUAGCUUCAGCACGAAAAUCCCUUUAGUACAAGGAAGGACGUGGUUCCUCCAGCACAAGUGGAAGGACUUGGUUGCUCCUGCAUGAGAGGAAGGGUGUGGUUGCUUUGACGGCACAAGAGGGGCGUGGUGGCUGGUCGAACAAGAGGAAGGGCAUGGUGGCACAAGAAGUGAGGUGACAUCUGCACCACAAAAGGAAGGGCAUGGUGGCUCCGGCAGCACAAGAGGAAGGGCGUGGUGGCUUCAGCGGCACAGGAGGAAUGGUGGGUCGCUUCGGCGGCACAAGAGUGGAUUCGGUGGCGCAAAAGGAGGUAUGUGGUGGCUUCGGCAGCACGAGAAGCAUGUAUGGUGGCUCCGGUGGCGUGAGAAGGGCGUGGUCACUCCGGCGGCACAAGAGGAAGGGCGUGGUGGCUUCGGCGGCACAAGAGGAAUGGUGUGGUCGCUUCGGCGGCAGAAGAAAGUGUGUAUGGUCGCUCGGCGGCGUAAGAGGAAGGGCGUGGUCGCUCCGGCGGUGCAAGGGGAAGGGCAUGGUGGCUCCGGCAGCACAAGGGGUGUGGUGGUUCUGGCGGCACAAGAGGAAGGGCAUGGUGGUUCUGGCGGCACAAGAAGGGCGUGGUGGCUCUGGCGGCACAAGAGGAAGGGCGUGGUGGCUCUGGCGGCACAAGAGGAAGGGCGUGGUGGCUCUGGCGGCACAAGAGGAAGGGCGUGGUCGCUCUGGCGGCACAAGAGGAAGGGCGUGGUCGCUCUGGCGGCACAGGAGGAAGGGCGUGGUCGCUCAGGCGGCACAGGAAGAAGGGCGUGGUCGCUCGGGCGGCACAGGAAAGGCGUGGUCGCUCGGGCGGCAUAGAAGGAAGGGCGUGGUCGCUCGGGUGGCACAGAAGGAAGGGCGUGGUCGCUCGGGCGGCACAGAAGGAAGGGCGUGGUCGCUCGGGCGGCACAGAAGGAAGGGCGUGGUCGCUCGGGCGGCACAGAAGGAAGGGCGUGGUCGCUCGGGUGGCACAGGAGGGAGGGCGUGGUCGCUCCGGCAGCACAGGAGGGAGGGCGUGGUCGCUCCGGCAGCACAGGAGGGAGGGCGUGGUCGCUCCGGCAGCACAGGAGGGAGGGCGUGGUCGCUCCGGCAGCACAGGAGGGAGGGCGUGGUCGCUCCGGCAGCACAAGAUGGGAGCAUGGUCGUUUUUGUACAAAAAAAAAAAAAAUGGUUUUCAGUGCAGAACGAGGAAAGACAGGAUUAUUUCAACAUUGCUUCUCAUACCCCAUAUGCUUGUUAUUAGUUCCCUGAAUAAGAAAGGAAGGUCGCAGUUGCAAUUCAAGAAAGGCGGCACAAGAGGAAAGGCAUGGUCUUUUCAGCAUCGAGUAAGAAUGGUCUUUCACAAAUCUACAUAAAGGUAAGAUGUAUCAUUUCAGUUUAAGGCAAGUAUAUUUUGUUUUCCUAUUACAUAAGUGGUUCUUGUUUUGGGAUGGUCUCCCUCUAUAUAAAAUUAAAAAUAUUUCAAAAAGUUAAGAAGCUAAUUUCAAUUCCUGACUAUUGUUACCCCUGAUCCCCUCCGUUAAGAAUCUCUGCUCUAGUUUUUUCCAAUAGUAUAUUCUGAUGGUCAUUUUACUAUUCUAAUGGGAUUCAUUUUCCUACAUUCUCUAAUCUAGUAUGUAUAACACAUGAACAGUAACUUUAGGUAUGAUAUGCAGUAGUAGACGACUCAAUUUGUUCUCUGGGUGCUUGUCGAUUCCAGCCAUAUGGGAUUUAUGUCGAAUGAAUUCAUAAAGGUAUAUUGUCUCCCAAUUUUAGGAAACCAGAAUUAUUUCAGCUAGUUCCAGGACAGAUGCUUUUAUCCAAAUUCACCAAUUCCAGGUUCCCCAUUUUGGCUUGAUUGUUGAGACUGGGUUGAAGAGCCUGGAACAGUUGACUUGGUCAAGGUGGAGCGAGGCAGGGGACACGGGAAAUCCAGGGACAGGGCCAGAGGAAGACGCUCAUUCAUAGGCAUAAGAUCAAACAACCGUGUCGGUCAUUUGGGGUCGUGUAUGGACUGGAAGCAGCAGUAGAUAGCCAGUUACCGUGGAUGGGAACAAGCUCUGCUACUCGCCUGGUCUAUUGCCUUCGAAAUCAGGAUAUUCCCUCCGACUACGCUUGGGGAAUGCUGUGUUAUUAGGAUAAUGCAUGGACUAAACAGUAUCCGUUUUAAGUCGCUUGAGCCAGCUGUUCUGCAUGUUACGGGAGAAUGUCAUAGGUAUCGAGAGUUUGGAAAGCACAGGCAUACCAGUUUUUGCACUUAUGACUCGCUCUUUGUCCACGGUUUGCAGGCAGAAACAUUAUAUAUUAACACUACCUGUGCUUGAUGUGAUUUUUACUGCUAAUAUAGUUGUGCGUGUUUCACAACCUUACUGAUUUUGUAUUCAAACACGAGCACAAUACAUCAAUAUUUGCCUUUAGAGUGCGUCCUUGCGCCUUUAGAGCUACUUCUACAUAUAGAUAUGAUUUAGUCAUCAGCUUUUUAUACUUCAUAAGGUUGAAUAUAUGUAUAUAUAUAAUAAAAUUUUGAAUGAA